AUGUCUUCCCUAGCUGGUCUUGUCCAGCCCACCACCAGACAGCUGCUGACUGGCGCUGCUCUGCUGUUCUUGACGGCAUUCUACUCGCCACUGACGGUGCUGAUGCUGACGCCAGUAUAUGGCUCGGCUCCUGCCCAUAUCUUCCAUGGCUAUGGAGUGGCACUUGUUGGCGCUGCUGGAUGGUUCCCUAAGGACUACAUCCAGCGAUUGACCGGCCGCCGGGCUCUUUUCCUGCUCCCUGUUGUGGCAUUCUGGGUUCCUACCCUUCAGAGCUUCUUGUUCGCAUCAAGCUCCGUGAUGGGAAACCCCUUCGGAGCUGUAGUCACCGAGGUCAUCUCCUACUACCCUUUGCUUCUGCUCUCUGUGGCUUGUGCUGGUAAGCUGGUGCAGUCGGGCUUGGAUCUGGGCCGACACGGUGAUGCAGUCGCUGAGCACGUUCCUCUCGUGGUCUCCUAUGUCCUCUACAAGACCGGCGAGAAGUUCGCCAAAGCAUUCCUGGCCAAGUUCAUUGGAACAACCUUCUUCUUUUCUCGCGCUGGUCUCCAACUCUUGCUUCCAGUCUUCUACACCGCUAUUGCUCCUUCCAAGUUCCUCCUCUUCGCUAUUCCCUCCCUUCUGUUCUCCAUGACGUCCAAUGUCCACAUGAACUCUGGAGCCUUGAACUCUUUCCUCAACGAGGAGGGAUUCGCCCUUGUUGCCCGCCAGGACUCCACCACCGGCUACAUCUCCGUCUUGGACAAUUUGAAUGAUGGGUUCCGUGUCAUGCGUUGCGACCACAGCCUGCUCGGCGGCCAGUGGACCAAAAUGCCCAACAACUACAACCCUGCCGUUAUGGAUCCGAUCUACUCGGUCUUCACCAUGCUCGAGGCCGUCCGUCUGGUUGAAACCGACCACGGCGAGCCCCGCGUAGAUGCCAACAGCAAGGCACUCGUCAUCGGCCUCGGUGUCGGCACCACCCCCUCUGCCCUAAUCCACCACGGCAUCGAGACCACCAUCGUGGAACUCGACCCUGUCGUGCACAAGUUCGCCACCGAAUACUUCCACCUUCCCUCGAACCACAUCGCCGCCAUCGAAGACGCCACCGCCUUCGUGAAGCGCACUCCCCCAGCCCAGUACGACUACAUCGUCCACGAUGUCUUCACCGGAGGCGUCGAGCCCCUCGAGCUCUUCACUCUCGAGUUCCUCGAAAGCCUAUCCUCCCUUCUCAAGGACGACGGAGUCAUCGCCAUUAACUACGCCGGCGACAUCUCCCUCUACCCCGCCGCCCUAACCGUCCGCACCAUCAAAUACGUCUUCCCGACCUGCCGCAUCUUCCGCGAAGCCUCCGACUCCGACCUCACCACCGACUUCACCAACAUGGUGAUCUUCUGCAAGAAGAGCUCCGCCACGCCGCUCACCUUCCGCGAUCCCGUUUCUGCCGAUUACAUGGGCAGCAAGUUCCGCCAGAUGUAUCUGAUGCCUAAGGUCGAGAUUGACGCGAGUCGCUUCGAGACUAUCGAGAAGGGCGGUCGUCGUGUCCUUCACUCUAUGAACACCCACCUGCUUCAUAAGUACCAGGAUCGGUCGGCUCUCGAGCAUUGGAAUAUUAUGCGUCAUGUGUUGCCUGAUUUUGUUUGGGAGAAUUGGUGA